CCCCGUUCCUACUGUCCUUGUGAUCGAUUUGCAUCUCCAAGAUCUCUUCCUCUUCGUUCACAUUUUCCCAUUCUUUCUUUCGGAUCAUUUCCUUUCCGUACAGAUUUCGGAUCCACAAGAAGCAAAACAAGAGCAGGAUAAACUCGCUUGGAGAAAAUGGCGGCGAUCUCAGUGCAUCAGUUCGCUCAGUGCAUCACCUGCCAUGCUUGGAGCCCCGACCACUCCAUGGUUGCAUUUUGUCCCAACAGUAAUGAAGUUCAUAUCUAUAGACUGUCCCAAGACAAGUGGGAAAAGGUUCAUGUUCUUCAAAAGCAUGACCAAAUUGUUUCUGGGAUAGACUGGAGUGCAAGGUCCAACAGGAUAGUUACUGCAUCUCAUGAUCGGAAUUCAUAUGUGUGGAAUCUAGAAGGAUCAGAAUGGGUACCAACCCUUGUUAUCCUUCGGCUAAAUCGUGCUGCACUGUGUGUCCAGUGGAGUCCAAAAGAAAACAAGUUUGCUGUUGGAAGUGGGGCUAAAACUGUUUGUAUAUGCUACUAUGAGCAGGAGAAUAACUGGUGGGUCAGUAAACUAAUCAGGAAAAGACAUGAUUCUUCUGUGACUGGUGUUGCUUGGCAUCCAAAUAAUAUUCUUCUUGCAACGACAUCCACAGAUGGAAAAUGCAGAGUGUUUUCCACGUUUAUUAAAGGCGUUGACACAAAGGAUUCAAGAACAGGAACUUCUUCGGAUUCAAAAUUUGGGGAGCAAAUUCUUCAGCUUGAUCUCUCAUUUUCAUGGGCAUUUGGGGUGAAGUGGUCUCCAAGUGGCAAUACCUUAGCUUAUGUAGGUCAUAAUUCUAUGAUUUAUUUUGUCGAUGAUGUUGGACCUUCCCCUUUGGCUCAAAAUGUUGCAUUCCGUGAUUUGCCUCUUCGUGAUGUUUUAUUUGUUUCUGAGAGAAUGGUCGUAGGAGUGGGGUUCGACUGCAGCCCAAUGGUUUUUGCAGCAGAUGAAAGAGGAAUAUGGAGCUUUGUCAGGUUUCUUGGUGAAAGGAAAAUGGCAUCUUCAGGAUCAAAAUAUGGUUCACAGUUUUCUGAAGCAUUUGGGAAACUAUAUGGGCAAUCAAAGCAUGGAGUGAGCAAUGAUGCCGUUGAACCUUCAAGAUCAAGAGGAGGAGUUCAUGAGAACUGCAUAAAUUGCAUUGUGCCGCUUAGACAGCCUGGGAUCUCUACGGUAAUGCGCUUCAGCACCUCAGGACUGGAUGGAAAAGUUGUUGUAUGGGAUUUGGAGAACCAAGCAGAUCUAUCUGACUACUUGUAAGCAUUGAUCCUUGAAGUUUCCUCGACCCCCUACAUUGUAAAGAAUAUCUCUGAGCAAUAUUGGAUAAAUGGUAGUCGUUUGUAAUAUUAAUUUGGUAAGAGCAAUUGGGGAUAAGUCAAUAGUUAAUGUAGCAGAACUUACUCAUGUUUGUGCUUAUGACAGUACUUCCAAUGUAUCUGCCCGAAUUGGGGAGGAAACAAAAAAGAGGAAAGAUAUGUGUGUUGUGGGGUGUUGCAAUUGUAUUUAAUUCUGAGUGCUGAGAAAAGGAAAAACAAAAAAGAUUUUCUCCAUUUAA